UGUGAGACCUGUGCGGCCGCCAUCAUUGGACAGUGAAGCUAGAGUGCAGCCGAAAGCCCUAGUCGGUUGUCAACAAGUCCGAAGUGAAGCGGAUUUCUGAUUACUAAGAAGGUCAAGCCGAGGCUCAUUAUAGGCUCUAAGAAUUUAUCCCCUUGUCCGCUCGAGGAGACGACUUUCAUGUGAACGCAGAGAACACCGCGGGGAGAGAGCUAAAUAUGUCAAAUCUGAGCAAAGGCGGCACCAGAAAGGACACCAAGAUGAGGAUACGCGCUUUUCCUAUGACCAUGGACGAGAAGUACGUCAAUAACAUCUGGGACCUCCUCAAGAACGCCAUUCAGGAGAUCCAGAGGAAGAACAACAGUGGCCUGAGCUUCGAGGAGCUGUACAGGAACGCCUACACCAUGGUGCUGCACAAACAUGGCGAGAAGCUGUACACAGGAUUGCGCGAAGUUGUCACUGAGCACCUCAUCUACAAAGUACGGGAAGAUGUUUUAAAUUCGCUGAACAACAACUUCCUGCAAACUUUGAACCAAGCCUGGAACGACCACCAGACAGCCAUGGUGAUGAUCCGAGAUAUUUUGAUGUACAUGGAUCGUGUGUAUGUGCAACAGAACAACGUUGAGAACGUCUACAAUCUAGGGCUCAUCAUAUUCCGGGACCAGGUGGUGCGCUACGGGUGCAUCCGGGACCACCUCAGGCAGACGCUGCUAGACAUGAUCGCCCGGGAGAGGAAAGGCGAAGUGGUGGAUAGGGGUGCCAUACGUAAUGCCUGCCAGAUGUUGAUGAUCUUGGGCCUUGAAGGCCGGUCAGUCUAUGAGGAGGACUUUGAAGCCCCGUUUUUAGAAAUGUCUGCAGAAUUUUUCCAGAUGGAGAGUCAAAAGUUUUUGGCAGAGAACAGCGCGAGUGUGUAUAUAAAGAAGGUAGAGGCGCGGAUAAACGAAGAGAUCGAGCGAGUGAUGCACUGUCUGGAUAAGUCAACAGAGGAGCCCAUCGUGAAGGUGGUGGAGCGAGAGCUCAUCUCGAAGCACAUGAAGACCAUCGUGGAGAUGGAGAACUCGGGGCUCGUCCACAUGCUGAAGAAUGGAAAGACAGAAGACCUGGCGUGUAUGUAUAAGCUGUUUAGUCGGGUGCCAAACGGUUUGAAGACUAUGUGUGAGUGUAUGAGCGCCUACCUGAGGGAGCAAGGCAAGGCUCUGGUGUCUGAAGAGGGAGAAGGCAAGAACCCAGUGGACUACAUCCAGGGCUUGCUGGACCUGAAGUCUCGCUUUGACCGCUUCCUGCAGGAGUCCUUCAAUAAUGAUCGUUUGUUCAAGCAGACAAUUGCAGGCGACUUUGAAUACUUCCUUAACCUGAAUCCACGGUCACCGGAGUACCUCUCUCUCUUCAUCGAUGACAAGCUAAAGAAGGGUGUGAAAGGGUUGACGGAGCAAGAGGUGGAGUCGAUCCUGGAUAAAGCGAUGGUGCUGUUCAGGUUCAUGCAGGAGAAGGAUGUAUUCGAGCGCUACUACAAACAACACCUGGCCAGGAGGCUUCUAACCAAUAAGAGCGUCUCUGACGACUCGGAAAAGAACAUGAUCUCAAAAUUGAAGACGGAGUGUGGCUGUCAGUUCACAUCCAAACUGGAAGGCAUGUUCAGGGACAUGAGCAUCUCAAAUACAACCAUGGAUGAGUUCCGCCAACACCUACAAUCAACAGAGGUGUCUUUGGGUGGUGUUGACCUCACGGUGAGGGUGUUAACGACAGGUUACUGGCCCACUCAGUCAGCCACGCCCAAGUGCAACAUCCCCCCUUCUCCCAGACAUGCAUUUGAGGUUUUUAGAAGGUUUUAUUUAGCCAAGCACAGUGGCCGGCAGCUCACACUGCAGCACCACAUGGGCUCGGCAGACCUCAAUGCUACUUUCUACGGGCCGAUCAAAAAGGUAUCAGUGUCAGCUCUAGAGGAUGGCUCAGAGGUGGGCGUGGGUGGUGCUCAGGUGACGGGCUCUAACACCAGAAAGCACAUCCUCCAAGUGUCCACCUUUCAGAUGACCAUCCUUAUGCUCUUCAACAACAGAGAGAAGUUCACCUUUGAGGAGAUCCAGCAGGAGACGGACAUCCCGGAGCGAGAACUGGUGCGAGCGCUGCAGUCUUUAGCCUGUGGGAAGCCCACUCAGCGAGUGCUCACUAAGGAGCCCAAAUCUAAGGAGAUUGAAAACGGCCAUGUAUUUACAGUCAACGACCAGUUCACCUCCAAACUGCACAGAGUAAAGAUUCAGACAGUCGCUGCUAAACAAGGUGAAUCAGACCCUGAGAGGAAAGAGACACGGCAGAAAGUGGAUGACGACAGGAAGCACGAGAUCGAAGCAGCCAUCGUGCGCAUAAUGAAGUCCAGGAAGAAGAUGCAGCACAAUGUGCUUGUAGCAGAGGUCACUCAGCAGUUACGGGCACGAUUCCUCCCAAGUCCUGUGGUCAUUAAAAAACGCAUCGAAGGACUUAUUGAGCGGGAAUACUUGGCAAGAACGCCAGAAGACCGCAAAGUGUACACUUACGUAGCAUAAAUGUGGCAUGAAUUUCAAAUGAAACCUGGUGUGGAAUGAAAGAGAGCGUGAGAGUGUUAUUUUUGGGACUUGAUUAUGAGCAUGAACUGGGAGGUUUUUGUGUUUAGGUUUUUUUUUUUUUUUUUUUUCUUUUCUGUCACUACUGGGGGAAAACUGAGAAGUUAACCUUUAACCUUCUGUACGGACUCAUUUUAAAAAGUUCUUAGCGAUUCACACAGAAGCCUUCCAAAGCCUCCAGGGAGCUGGAUGAGAUUCAGCUCGGGCUCGCAGAUGAGGUGUCCGUCUCUGUGAGAGAACUGUGUAAGAGUCGGAGCCUAUAAACCUGAACCCAGAACAACAGAAGUGCCCAAGUAAAUGUAGAAUAAUGACUUUCCAGCAUGGGACGCCUUCCGAAGACCAAUCAGGUUACAGUGAAAUAUGUAUACCUUCCCACAUUUAUUUUUGUUAGUUUAAGCUUUUUUCCAUGUUGGUGUAAACGUGUUUGUGGUCUGUGGCACCAUGUUGGUUGUACAGGUUUAACCCUUGCCUGCCUGCAGAAUAUUUUAAAAAUGGAGGCUGGGUAUCAGAGAGCCAUAUUAGUUGCUUUGGAGCAUGCCUUUUCUGACAAGGGGUGAAAUAACUCUCUUUCAAGGUUUCUAAAAGAAAUGGAUUGGUCGUGUCCUUUGUUUUAACUUUUUUCGUAUUUGGCAUGGCCAAAUGUAAAUUUAAAUAUUAGCUUUUUUUUUGUAGGGUCCUUCUGAUGCAGUUCCAUUAUAGGGGUUGGGUUUUUUUUUUUUUCUUUUUUUUCCUCUCCUGGUUUUUUUUCCGGCAGCAGAAGGAACUUCUAGAGCAUUGUGUCUAAACGUGUACAAAUUGUAAAAUAAUUGUUAUUGUACUCGCUGAAGUGGACUGUACAGGGCCUUGUUUUCAUCAUUGUUAAAUGUAGAAAAAGGAGUUAAAAAAUAAAUGGAUUUGCUGCUU